AUGUUUAGUGUCAUCAGUUGGAAGGCGACUUUGCAGUCUGUCGUUGCUUUGUCUACCACAGAAGCUGAGUAUAUGGCAAUUACGGAAGCAGUUAAAGAGUUGCCGAGAAACUUUCCAACCUUGUUGUUAGAGAAUAACACCAAACUUGGAGUCCUUUAUGCUAGAGAUAAUUCUUUCAUUGGACCAAUGAAGUUGCCAACAAGUUGUCUGCUCCAUCUAGAUACCUUUGAUGUUUCUAAUAACAAAUUAAAUGGACAUAUCUCAGCAAACAUGAGUUUCGCCUUCCCAAAGCUUGAUUAUCUAAACAUGUCACAAAAUUUGCUUGAAGGUCCUAUACCUUCUGCUGUUAGUGACAUUCCUUUAAGAAUUGUAGACCUAUCUCAUAAUUUCUUGUCUGGAGGAGUUCCUAGAGAUCUGACUAGUAUUCCAACAUUGUUCUACUUUCGGCUGUCAAACAACAAGUUGAAAGGGAAAAAAUUGUACUAG